AUGGCGGCGGAGAAGGAGGCGAGCCAGGAGAGCUCCCUGGGCGCGUACUCGCCUGUGGACUACAUGAGCAUCACGAGCUUUCCGCGGCUGCCUGAGGAAGAGCCGGCUCCUGCCGUUCCGCUGCGCUGCCGCAAGGACGAGGACGCGUUCUUGGGGGACCCAGACACAGAUCCUGACUCCUUCCUGAAGUCUGCCCGGCUACAGCAGUUACCCUCAUCCUCCUCAGAGAUGGGUAGCCAGGAUGGGUCACCUCUAAGGGAAACCAGUAAGGACCCCUUUGCAGCUGCAGCAGAGUGUUCCUGCCGCCAAGAUGGACUCACAGUCAUCGUCACAGCCUGCCUCACCUUUGCCACUGGAGUCACAGUGGCCCUUGUCAUGCAGAUCUACUUUGGGGAUCCCCAGAUUUUUCACCAGGGAGCAGUUGUCACAGAUGCUGCCCAUUGCACAGCUCUGGGCAUUGAGGUACUUAGUAAGGGUGGUUCUUCUGUGGAUGCUGCUGUGGCUGCUGCCCUGUGUGCAGGCAUUGUGGCCCCCCACAGCUCUGGCCUGGGUGGGGGAGGAGUGAUGCUUGUCCAUGACAUCCGAAGGAAUGAGAGCCGCCUGAUUGAUUUCCGGGAGACUGCUCCUGGUGCACUUCGUGAGGAAGCCCUGCAAAGAUCCUGGGAGACUAAGCCGGGUCUCCUUGUGGGGAUCCCAGGAAUGGCCAAGGGGCUGUAUGAAGCUCAUCAACUUUAUGGAAGGCUGCCAUGGUCCAAGGUUCUGGCAUUCGCCUCAGCUGUAGCUCAAGAUGGCUUCAAUGUGACCCAUGAUCUUGCCCGAGCCAUCUUGGAACAGCCAGUUCCCAAUGCUUCAGAGCGUUUCCGGGAGACCUUCUUCCCCGAAGGCCGGCCGUUAGUCCCUGGCACAUUUGUGCGGAGGCCAGAUUUGGCAGCUGUUCUGUCUUCUCUGGGCUCUGCAGGGGCCACAGCUUUCUAUGGGGGUGGCAACCUUACCCAGGAGAUGGUGUCAGAGGUGCAGCACCAUGGUGGAGUCUUGACUGAGGAGGAUUUCAGCAACUAUAGUGUACUAGUGGAGAAGCCUGUGCGUGGCGUGUACCGAGGCCACUUGGUGCUCAGUCCCCCACCCCCUCACACGGGCCCUGCCCUCAUCGCUGCUUUGAACAUCCUAGAGGGCUUCAACCUUACGAGUCUGGUGUCCAGGGAGCAGGCUCUGCACUGGGUGGCUGAGACCCUGAAGAUUGCUCUGGCCUUGGCUAGCAGACUGGGAGAUCCCUUCUAUGACUCAACCAUCUCUGAGAGCACAGAAGACAUGCUCAGCAAGCUGGAGGCCGGGUACCUUCGGGGCCAUAUCAACGAUUCACAGGCGGACCCCGGCUCACUGCUGCCUGCCUAUGAGUUGGAUGGUGGUGCCACAGCUGCACAGGUGCUGGUGAUGGGGCCUGAUGACUUCAUUGUAGCUGUGGUCAGCUCACUGAAUCGCCCCUUCGGCAGUGGCCUCAUCACGCCCUCUGGGAUCCUGCUAAACAGCCAGAUGUUGGACUUCUCCUGGCCCAAUAAAACUGCAAACCAUUCAGCACCCAGCCUGGAGAAUGCCAUUCAUCCUGGGAAGAGACCACUGUCCUUCCUGCUACCCACAGUGGUGAGGCCAGCUGAAGGACUUUGCGGGACUUACCUGGCAUUGGGAGCCAAUGGUGCUGCCCGAGGACUUAGCAGCCUCACCCAGGUACUGGUAAACGUGCUGACCAUGAACAGAAAUCUGAGUGACAGCCUAUCCCUAGGGCGCCUCCACCCUGAGCUCCAAUCCAACAUCCUCCAGGUGGACAGUGAAUUCACAGAGGAAGAGGUUGAGUUUCUGGAAGCUCGGGGCCACCGGGUUGAGAAGGUAGAUGUUCUGUCCUGGGUCCAUGGAGGCCGGAGAACCAACAACUUCAUCAUUGGGGUGAAGGACCCUCGAAGCCCUGAUGGAGCGGGUGCCACCAUCUUAUAG